AGGGGGCCGGGGCCGCGCCGCUCCGUCCCUCAGCAGCGCCUCGGCGGUGGCCGCGGGUGAGGCCGCCUCGCAGCGCCGGGCCCGCCCGCCCCCCGCCCCGCCGCGCCCCGCUCGGCCCCCCCGCGCCAUGAGCGACCAGGAGAGCCCCGACGAGAUGGCGGCGGUGAAGCCCGAGAAGGGCGAGGGAGACGCGAGCAGCACCAGCAGCACGGGCAGCGGGGAGGCGCAGGAAUCGCAGCCCUCCCCGCUGGCCCUGCUGGCCGCCACCUGCAGCAGGAUCGAGUCUCCCAAUGAGAAUUCCAACAGCUCCCAGGGCCAGCAGGGCGGGAGCAGCGAGCUGGACCUCACAGCGGCCGCUGCCCAGCUCGCCCAGUCUGCCAAUGGCUGGCAGAUCAUCUCUGCGGGCUCCAGCACCCCGACGGGCUCCAAGGAGCCGGGCAGCAACGGCACCAACGGCGGGGACGGCGCCAAGAGCCGCCCGGUGAGCGCGGGGCAGUACGUGGUGACGGCCGCCUCCAACCUGCAGAACCAGCAGGUGCUCACGGGCCUGCCAGGGGUUAUCCCCAACAUCCAGUACCAGGUGAUCCCCCAAUUCCAGACCAUCGACGGGCAGCAGCUCCAGUUCGCCGCCACCACCACCCCUGCGCAGGUGAACGUGCAGCAGGACGCGUCCGGGCAGCUCCAGAUCAUCCCCGGCACCAACCAGCAGAUCCUGACGAGCCGCGCGGGGACGAGCAACCUCAUCGCGAUGCCCAACCUGCUGCAGCAGGCUGUGCCCAUCCAGGGCGUGGGGCUGGCCAACAACACGCUCUCGGGGCAGACCCAGUACGUGGCCAACGUCCCCGUGGCUCUGAACGGCAACAUCACGCUGCUGCCCGUCAACAGCGUGGCCGCCAGCCUGGCCCCCACCUCGCAGACCGUCACCUUGAGCAGCUCCAGCUCCCCCGACAGCAGCUCCCAACCGGCCACCUCGGGCUCUGCCAUCAGCUCCACCAACACGGCCACGUCCCAGGCGAGCUCCGGAGCCUUUUUUACCAACGCCAACAGCUAUUCCAGUACCACCACCACCAGUAACAUGGGCAUCAUGAAUUUCUCCACCAGCACCACGGUGGGAAGCAACGUCCAAGCGCAGACGCCCCAGAGGGUCAGCAGCGUCCAGAGCUCGGACUCUCUGCAGAGCCAGGUUUCUGGGGUGGCUUUGCAGUCGGGGCAGCAGAAAGAGGGGGAUCAGGGCCAGCAAUCGCAGCAGCAGCAGAUCCUGAUCCAGCCCCAGCUGGUGCAAGGAGGGCAGACGAUCCAGGCCCUGCAGACCACGCCGCUCUCUGGCCAGACCUUUGCCACUCAAGCCAUCUCCCAAGACACCCUGCAGAACCUGCAGCUCCAGGCCGUCCCCAACUCGGGGCCCAUCAUCAUCCGAACCCCUACGGUGGGUCCCAACGGGCAGGUGAGCUGGCAGACCAUCCAGCUCCAAAACCUGCAGGUCCAGAACCCCCAGGCGCAGACAAUCACCCUGGCCCCCAUGCAGGGAGUGUCGCUGGGGCAGACGGGCAGCACCAGCACCACGCUCACCCCCAUCGCCUCCCUCCCCAGCGGCACCGUCACCGUCAACGCUGCCCAGCUCUCCUCCGUGCCCGGCCUCCAGACUAUUAACCUCAGUGCCUUGGGAGCGUCUGGGAUCCAGGUCCACCAGCUCCAGGGGCUGCCUCUGGCCAUUGCCAACGCCGCAGGUGACCACGGAGCCCAGCUGGGGCUGCACGGGGCGAGCGGAGACGCGCUGGGGGACGAGAGCGCGGCCGUGGAGGAGGGAGAGACCAGCCCGGACCCACAGCCCCAGCAGGGCCGCAAAGUGCGGCGGGAGGCGUGUACCUGCCCCUACUGCAAGGACAGCGAGGGGAGGAGCUCUGGGGAUCCAGGGAAGAAGAAGCAGCACAUCUGCCACAUCCCGGGCUGCGGGAAGGUGUACGGCAAAACCUCGCACCUCCGGGCUCACCUGCGGUGGCACACGGGGGAGAGACCCUUCGUCUGCAGCUGGGUGCUCUGCGGGAAGCGCUUCACCCGGAGCGACGAGCUGCAGCGGCACAAGCGCACGCACACAGGGGAGAAGAAGUUCGCCUGCCCGGAGUGCCCCAAGCGCUUCAUGCGGAGCGACCACCUCUCCAAGCACAUCAAGACCCACCAGAACAAGAAGGGCGGCGCUGCCAACGCCGUGGCCAUGAACGUCUCCGCCGUCCCCAUGGACACGGGCGCCGCGGCGGAGGGGAACGGCGGCGCCACCCCCUCUGCCCUCAUCGCCACCAACAUGGUGGCCAUGGAAGCCAUCUGCCCCGAGGGCAUCGCGCGCCUGGCCAGCAGCGGCAUCAACGUCAUGCAAGUGGCCGACCUCCAGUCCAUCAACAUCAGCGGCAACGGCUUCUGAGGGCACACGGCGGCACCGGGGCCGCAGCCGGGACCUGCCGCCGGCCCCCGGGCUCCCGCAGCACGACAGCUUCCCAUGGGAUCGCGCUGGAGCUGCUCCGGGGCCGCUGACCACACACACGAAGGCCAGAGCUAUAUAUAUAUAUUUUUUAAUUUCAGCUUCACCUUAUUAUUUGUUGGGUUCCCCCCUUUUUUUCCCCUCCCCCCCCCCCCCCCAUUUCACUCCCUGGUUUCCCUCCCCAGCAUUCCCGGGAUGCGCUCCCGUAGCUUUAGCCUUCGAUGCCAUCAUGCCUUGGGAAAAUAUAUGAUUCUCAAAUUAACUUUUUAGCAAAGAAAAAAAACCAACAAAAAGGAGGAAAAAAAAGAAAAGGAAAGGAAAAAAAAAAUACAAAAGAAAAGACAAAAAAAAAAAGCUUCAGAAGAAAUAAGGAACAACCCCCCCUCCCCCCCCCCCAAAAAGUGAUUCUAUAUUAUUAUAUAUAUAUAAAGUGUAAAGCGGGCUCGUGGGAGAGAGCAGAGGUUCUGCUGCGACCAGGACGUGGUCUCUUUGAUGCCUUACGUGGGGACAGGCCGAGCCGGGGGGGCUGAGCUGCUCCGUGAUUCCUUUUUAUAGCAAAACCCUUGGAAAAGAGGAAAACCGCCCCCCCCCGCCCCCGCCCCGCCCCCCCCCCCCCGGGCUCUUUUGUGCCUCCUGCUCUGGGGCUGUCUCUGCGUUCCCUGGAGCUGGGUGAGGUUUGGCUUCGCUUCCCCCCCUCUUUGUACAAACCCCCCCCCCUCUCCCUGGGCUUCCCCAUGGGGGGUUCCAACCAGCUUCCUUUGGGAAGAUCCCUCUUCCCGCAGUUUUCCCCCGCGGAAUGGAGGGUUCAGGGCUCGGCUGGAGCUCGGGGGGUCACAGCCACGGCUCCAGAGGGUCUCCUCAGGGAAAAUGGCUCGUUUUCCUUCACCCACUGCUGGACUUCAGAGGAACGAGCCCCCAAACCAGCCCCUCCGGAGCUGAGCCGCAGGAGGCGGCGCUUUUCCACCCGGGAUCAUCCCCGGGCUGAGGGUGAAGCACUGAGGGGACACGGGAUGGGGCCGGAGGCAGCUCCCCCAACCCAGUCCUCUUGGAGAUGGGGCAGCUCAGGGAGAACCCAGUUGGUUUUCCAGGCUCCGGCGUCUCCCACCCCGGGGUGGCCCCGGGCGCCUUCCUCCCCCAGCCUCCUCCUCCUGCUGCAGGGCGCUGCGCGCACGCGGCCCCCCCGUUCCCGCGGGGAUUUGAUCUCAGGGUGCUGCAGCGGGAUUGCAUUCCCCAAACCCGGCAGCGGCGGGGCCGGGGUCCCCCCCGCCCUCCCCAUGGCAUCGGGAUCCCUGUGCUGAGCAGGGAUGUGGGGCGAGGGCAGCGCGAAGAGGGGCUGAGCUGCAGAGGGGGCAGAGGGGUAGGAAUGACCUGGGAUGGGAAAACCAGCCCCCGAUGGGAAAACCAGCCCCCGAUGGGAGCUGGGAGAAGGUCUUGGGCUCAUGGUGGUGGUUGGAGAGGACGAGGUGGCCCCUGGUGGCCACAUCUCGCUGCGUUUGGGUCGUGGUGUCACCGCCUUUGCCCAUGGGGGGAAGCUGGUGCGGAGGUGAGGAGCCCGUGGACUUGGCUCCAUGAAUCCCACCCAGGGGUGUCUUCCUGUGUCCCACCAACAGUGUCUUCCCCAUCCAACCCAACAGCGUCUUCUCAAUUCAACCCAACAGUGUCUUCCCAAUCCAACCCAAUGAUACCUUCUUCCAAAUCCAACCCAACAGUGUCUUCCCAAUCCAACCCAAUGAUACCUUCUUCCCAAUCCAACCCAACAGCAUCUUCCCAAUCCAACCCAACAGCGUCUUCCCAAUCCAACCCAACAGCAUCUUCCCAAUCCAACCCAACAGUGUCUUCCCAAUCCAACCCAACAGCGUCUUCCCAAUCCAACCCAACAGCGUCUUCCCAAUCCAACCCAACAGUGUCUUCCCAAUCCAACCCAACAGCGUCUUCCCAAUCCAACCCAACAGCGUCUUCCCAAUCCAACCCAACAGCGUCUUCCCAAUCCAACCCAACAGUGUCUUCCCAAUCCAACCCAACAGUGUCUUCCCAAUCCAACCUAACAGCAUCUUCCCAAUCCAACCCAAUAAUAUCUUCUUCCAAGUCCAACCCAACAGCGUCUUCCCAAUCCAACCCAACAGUGUCUUCCCAAUCCAACCCAACAGCGUCUUCCCAAUCCAACCCAAUAAUAUCUUCUUCCAAGUCCAACCCAACAGCGUCUUCCCAAUCCAACCCAACAGCAUCUUCCCAAUCCUACCCAAUGAUAUCUUCUUCCAAGUCCAACCCAACAGUGUCUUCCCAAUCCAUCCCAGAGACAUCUCCCGUCCAUCCCACCGGUGUCUUCCUCCCACCCAACGCUCCAUCUUUGUCCCUCUCUCAUUCCCAGAACCACGUUGCUUCCCUUCCUUUGGGAUAAGCCGGGAACAUCCCGUGCUGCCGCCCCAUUCCCAUCCCCACAACCACCACGUGCACCUCACGGACGCCCAAAGCCCUCCGCCAGGCUGGAACCUCCUCUUGGAGCCGCAUUAACCCACCAGGCCCCCCCCCGGGAAAGCCAGAUCCCUGCUCCGGAGCCCCGGAACGCGGCCGGGAUUGUCCCGUUGGCUCCGGCCCCGGCAGCGGGGGGGCAGCUCCUCGCCCCCCCCCUCGUGCUCUCUCCCUCGAGGGAUAUUUUUGCAUUUGUAUAUUUUUAUAUAGGAAUUUGAGCAUUUGUAUUUUAAUAACCUGUGAAGCACUAAAAGCUCCUCGUGCCCCCCCCCGCCCCCCCCCCCCCGACUGGGAAUUUCAAUAGGAAACAGCAAUUUGGGGUCAUUCACCACCAAAACAUCCACUUUUUCUGCCCCUUUCCCACCCCCCCCCAUUGGGCUCCCCCCAAUCCUACCCCCACACCCCCAGCAGGAAUCAAGUGCCAAACCCGUGUCCCACCGAGGUUUUGGGGUGUCCUUGUGUGCCCCCCCUUUCCCCCCCCCUCCCAGUGACGUUCCCAUUGGCCCUGAUGGAGUUUAAUUUUCCUAUGGAAACGUGGAUGGGGAGGUUUGGGGGUGCGGGGGGGGGGCUCCUGCGGGGCUCAGGGUGCUGCCCCCCCCCCCCCGUGUUCUGGGGUCAGAGGAUUUGGGGGGUUCAGAGGGUUUUGGGGGGGGACCAGUGGAUUUUGGGGGCUGCUCCCAGUGCUGGGGGGGCCCAUUCACCCCAAUGUGGGUCUGCAGCACCCACAUCCUUACCCUGCUCUGUGCCCCCCAACACCCCCACAGCCCCCCCCCAAACACCCCCAACCCCUCCCAGGGUGAUGGGGGGGGGACACCCACAAACGUGCCUUGAUAAGGGGGUGACAGGCUGGGGCCGAGCCCCCCCCCCCCGAUUUCUACCCCCCCCGGGGUUGGGGGCAGCACUGGGGUCCCCAUGGCUGUAACCCGGGGGCCGGGGGUGGUGUCUAUGCAGUGGGGGGGCGAUGGGGGGGUCCUGCCCCCCCGCACUGGCAAUAAUUCAUUACUCUCUUAUCAAGACUGUUGGGUCUCUGUGAUUUCGGGGGGGUCGCGGCCGAUGGAAUAACACCCAAAAGGCGAUUUUUUUUGGGGGGGGGUGUGUGAUUUUGGGGUUAUUUUUGUCCCAAAGUGCUAUUUUUUUGUACAAAGGAUGAAAAUGUGAGGGGGGGGGUCGGGGGGGGCCUUUGUAAAUGGGGAACAGCGAUUUGGGGGGGUUUUGUAAUAAAGACGAGUCGCUGG